AUGAUUAAAGAAGAGGAUCUCCCAGAAUCAGUGGAUGAUAUUGAUUACUCUCUUCCACAAUAUUUCAUUGUCAAGAACGAUGAGAAGAAUCAAAAAAUUUAUGUUCCAAAACCAAUCAGUGAAUCGGAAUCUGUUUUUUCAGUUGAUUUUCAUCCGAAAUUGGAUUUGAUAACCAUGGGAUUGGUAACAGGAGAGGCUAAAAUUUACAAAUAUUCCAUAGAUAUAGAAAACACAUGCGUGGCUACAUUUAAUCAUCAUUCCGAAGCUUGCCGUAAACUCUUCUUCUCCGAUGAUGGUAAACUCAUGUUUUCAGCAGGUUCCGAUAUGAAACUUGCUGUAACGGAUAUCAAAAAAGGUGCCCUCAAAUAUUGCAUUAAGGAUGCUCAUACCUCACCUAUAAAUACUCUCAUUGUCAUUGAUGAUGAUCGGAUCGCUACAGGAGAUGAUGAAGGUUGUGUUCGAAUUUGGGAUGUUCGUCAAAGAAAGGCCAUUAAAUCCUAUAAUGAACAUGGUGAUUAUAUAAGUUGUUUUGAUUAUGCUCCUGAAACUGGAUUGCUUUAUUCGGCCGCUGCAGAUGGAUGUAUUUCAGUGGUUGAUAUGAAAAAGAGUAAACCUAGUGGAGUAGCAGUGACGGAGGGAUUGAAUGAUGAUUUAGUGAGCUUGACAACAAUGCAAGAUGGACAAUUAUUAUAUGCUGCUGGAGCUUCUGGAGUGAUUUAUGAAUUUGAUACUGACAAAUUGUUCCAGCCAAAGAAAAAUAUCAAAUCGUUAUCAACCUCAAUAUCAAGUAUGAUUCAAGUGAGAGAUGGAAUGUUGACCUAUGCAACAGAUGAUGGAAUUAUUUAUUCAUUGGAUACCAAAAAAUCAAAAUUGAGUAAUCGAUUAACCGAUCAAACGAAUGAGCCAAUUAUCGACAUGAGUAUUUCUAGAGACGCCAAAUAUUUGGCAAGUUGUUCAUUGGAAAACGUUCGAUUUUAUAAUGCAAUUGGAAUGUUUGACAUGUCACUAACUGAAGUUGUCGAUAAAGAAGAAAAGAAGCCUGAAAUUCAAAAGUUGAAAAAGAAGGAGAAGAAGUUUGAAAAGUCCAUUUUGAAUAGAGAGGCAAAAGCCAACCUUGAAGAAGCAGAGAAAAAUGUCAAAAAGAGAAAGAAGGCAGGAGGCGUUCAAAGUGCCACCAAAAAGACCAAAGUUUUGAAUCAAGCUCGAAAGCAAUUUUUACACGAUCUGCUAGUGGAUUAUUGA